UCCCCACUUCCCUGCCGUUUGCUGAGUCGCUUUGCUCUCCGGUCGCCCCGCCCUCGGGGAACUCCGCGCAGACCCGCACCGCCCGCGCGCGCCCAGCCCUCCGCUUGAGUAAGCGCCGCCCGGCGGGGGCCAGCGGCUCCGAGCCCCGACCGCCACCCGAGGGGCCGCCUCCCGCUCCGGGCAGCUGGCGGGCGCUCCCGGGACAGCUGGGCGCCGCGCGAGCCCGGCCCCGCGAGGAGGCGGAGGUGGAGGUGGAGGUGGAGGCGGCCCCUGGGCGCGGGCGCGGGCCGGCGGAGGAGCCUCGAGCGCCGCCCGGAUGCUGCAGCCCAGCGGCCUCUCCGCGAGCGGGAGCGGCUGCAGACCGGCCGAGCCUGCCCUCCGCCCGCGCAGGGGCCCGGAAGGGGCUGCGGCUUCCAUCCCUCCGGCUCUCAGACCCUCCUCCCCCCAGGUACAGGCCGGGAGAGGAGGACCCGUCUCCCUCUUGACGCCCCACCAUGGGCAAUGCCUCCAAUAACUCCCGGCCCGGGGACUGCGAGUCUCGACAGUGGCUCCCCUCGGGCGAGAGCCCAGCCAUCAGCUCCGUGAUGUUCUCGGCCGGGGUGCUGGGGAACCUCAUCGCGCUGGCGCUGCUGGCGCGCCGCUGGCUGGGGGACGCGGGGCGCAGCGCCGGCCGCGGGAGCUCCGUCUCCUUGUUCCACGUGCUGGUGACCGAGCUGGUGUUCACCGACCUGCUGGGGACCUGUCUCAUCAGCCCCGUGGUGCUGGCUUCGUACGCGCGGAACCAGACUCUGGUGGCACUGGCGCCCGAGGGCCGCGCGUGCACCUACUUCGCCUUCGCCAUGACCUUCUUCAGCCUGGCCACGAUGCUCAUGCUCUUCGCCAUGGCCCUGGAGCGCUACCUCUCCAUCGGGCACCCCUACCUGUACCAGCGCCGCGUCACGCGCCGCGGCGGCCUCGUCGUGCUGCCCGCCGUCUACGCCGCGUCCCUGCUCUUCUGCUCCCUGCCGCUGCUGGGCGACAGGCAGUACUCCCAGUACUGCCCUGGGACGUGGUGUUUCAUCCGGCAUGGACGCACCGCGUACCUGCAGCUCUACGCCACGCUGCUGCUGGUGCUCAUCGUCGCGGUGCUCGCCUGCAACCUCAGCGUCAUCCUCCACCUCGUCCGCAUGCACCGCCGGGCCAGGGGAAGCUGCUGCGCGCCCGCCUUGGGCAGCGGCCCGGGCGGCCCUGGGACGCGCAGGAGAGGCGAACGGGUGUCCAUGGCGGAGGAGAUGGACCACCUCAUCCUCCUGGCUAUUAUGACCAUCACCUUCGCCGUCUGCUCCUUGCCUUUCACAAUUUUUGCAUAUAUGGAUGAAGCCUUUUCCCGAAGAGAAAAGUGGGACCUCCAAGCCCUUAGGUUUCUGUCGAUCAAUCCGAUUAUCGACCCCUGGGUCUUUGCCAUCUUUAGGCCGCCUGUGCUAAGAGUGCUGCGGUCCGUGCUCUGUUCCCGGGUGUCAUUGAGGACACGAGAGGCAAGCCCGACUUCCUGUUCCACACAGUCCCAGUGCCAGUAAGUAGCUGGCCCUUGUGGAUAGUCGCUCAGUAGUGCUGAGUUAGCAUCUGGAAGAACGUUUUGAAAUGAUUCCUUGGAGAAAUGAAACCCGUUAGUUUAUAAACAAAAUGAAGCUACCCUAAUAAAACAGACAUUUCAGCAGUGCUUGGGCCACAGAUGUGCUGACAAGGCCCUUCACGGGAAGUGUCAGAAGAUCUAUACAACCUGCCCUCCGAGAGCACGUUACACCGCCUUUGAGGAACAACCAACAGUGUUUAAGAUCCAUUGGACUUUUAAGCUUUCCUGUUGAAUGAGAAAGCAUGUGGUUUUGUAAUUUGUCUAAAACCUUAAAUAGUUACCGUGUUUUCUGUUUUAAUCUUAUAUGCUACUACUGUAUUAAAUACACAGUGUACAGUCUGA